UGUAACCAUACAAGUCAUGUUAUCUAUAAAGCUAUAAUGAAUGUAGGACUAUGUAUUUAAUAAAUCUUUAUUUGAUAGUGGAGUACUAAAGCCAUUCUUUGUGAGAUAUUAUUUUGCCAUUUAAACAAGAUGUCAGUGGAGGCUGCAGCCCUCGAAUCUCUUGCAGAACUAUUAGGGGGCUAUGAUGAUCAGAAUUCGAGUAUGGACGGAACCGAUUAUUUAAGAGACCUCAUUAUGAACCACAGCUACCGAAACACCUCUUCAGACAUGGGAACACACAUGUUAAAGACAGACAAAACAUUCAGAAAUUCCGUUUUGAUUAUCGCUUAUAGUUUGUUGUGUGUCAUAUCCAUAUUUGGAAACUCUCUUGUGUGCUACGUCAUCUGUAAGAAUAAACGCCUUCACACGGCCACAAACUAUUUUAUCGCUAAUUUAGCAGUGGCGGAUUUGUUGGUUACUUGUGUUAAUGUUCCGUUUAAUAUCGCUCGAAAUAUUCUAGAUGAGUGGCCUUUUGGUGAUUUUAUCUGCCAUCUUGUGAACUUUUCAUUAAUGGUUUCCGUUUACGUCUCGACUUACACACUGACAGCCAUUGCACUUGACAGACACAGGGUUGUCCUUAAACCUUUCACGCCUAGAAUGUCAAAAACUGUGUCGGCGGUGAUAUUGGUGUUUAUCUGGCUAUUGGCCAUCAUGUUGUCACUACCGUAUGGUAUUUUUAAUCGCGUCAAAACAGUCAGACUAUUCAUAACGUCCGUAAGACGAUGUAGAUCUGAAUAUCCAGACCCAAAUAUAUUAUUCAAACAGUACUUAACGGUGAUUACCUUUUGUCUCCAGUACGUCGGACCGUUAACGUUAAUAGGUCUUGCCUAUGGUCGAAUUGUAAGAAAACUUUGGGUAAGAACACACGUUGGGGCAGUGACACACAUGCAACAAAUAUCGCAAGCUAGGGCUAAAAAGAAGAGUAUUAAACUGUUGGUAACCGUGGUGGUUGUUUUCGCCAUUUGUUGGUUACCGUUGAAUUUAUACCAUCUUCUUACAAACUUACAUCCGAAUGUUAUAGUGUUUCAAUAUAACAGCACCGUCUUCUUUAUUUGCCACUGGAUAGCAAUCUGCAGUACGUGCUUCAACCCUUUUAUUUAUUGUUGGUUAAACGAAACAUUUAGAGAAGAACUGUUUGAUAAACUAAGAUGGUGCCUGAAACGGUCCUUUAAGAUACACCCGGGAACCUUAUUCGAGGGGAAACUGGUUCGGCAAAAUCGUAUCCGGUUCCGAAGCCGUCGAUUUACAACGCGGUCAAGUCUAGGAAGUUUUGGUCGAUCUCUGAGCACGAAAAAGGACACCAUGAGCAUGGAUGUGAAUGAUAUACCACUGGAUACCAAGAGAAUACUCAUUCAAAAAUGGACAUCAAAUAUUAAUACAGACACGUCGGAAAUAAACGAACUAAUCCCAAAAUUUAAUGGAUCUAUUAUUAUAUCUGACACUAAUGCCUCCACCUCCAGUCAAAGUGUAGAUGAUAACUUUUCUUACUGAAAUCAGUUGUGCAUUCGUAAACACUUGGGAACACUUGUUAAAAUUGAAAAUGUCAGGAGUUGUUGUAUAUAUAUACUCUUAAAAAAAGUAGGGGGUAUUUAAAUGCAAAUACCUAUGCAGGUUGUGAUAUGAUAAAUAGUCGUGGACACUUGACAUGCUUUGAGAGUAUGUUCACAGAUGAAGAACUUAUCGCCCCAACAGAACCACUGAGCUGUACGUGCGACACGCUAUAGCGCCAUAAACGUGGGGGGGGGGGGGGUAUUGUCAAAUUUGACACUUCAAAGAAGGGUUGAUGAAAACUGCCGCGUGUUGGUUUACCCUAUCAAUGUUUUUUUCCUAUCGGUUCUUGCAUAAGCUUUACUGUUUAGCGUAUCUUUGCUUUAGUGGCUUACGUUUAGUUUGCAAUGAGACUUCUUCAACAUAAUGAACGUCUACGUGCUAUUGGCAUGCUUCAAAUGGGUUCUACACAGCGAGCAGUAGCCAACAUGCUUAAUGUGUCACAGUCUGUGAUCAGCAGACUGUGGAACCGGUACCAACAAACACACAAUGUUGAUGAUAGACCUCGUUCAGGUCGUCCUAGAGCCACUACACAAGACCAGGAUCGAUACAUUCGUACACAGGUCCUGCGAAAUCGAGGACGAACGGCCAAUCAGCUUUCUGUAAACUUCUACCAAGUUACAGGAAUUCGAGUUAUACCCCAAACGAUUAGAAAUCGGCUACAUGCAGCCCAUUUGCAUGCGCGAGGACCGCGUGUUGUGCCUCCAUUAACUCGCCAGCACAUGGCAAACCGGCGUCAAUGUAGAAAUUGGGGUGAUCGUCGAUGGGCGCGUGUAAUGUUCUCAGAUGAGCCCAGAUUUACUCUGGAUUUCACCGAUAGGCGUGCUCGCGUUUGGAGGCGUGUAAAUGAGCAUCAUGCUAACGUUAACGUCAAAUAGCAUAACAGAUUCGGGCAUGGGUCUGUUAUGGUGUGGGGAGGAAUCCCCAUGACUGCGGAACGGACUUGCAUAUUGUUCAAGGAAGGGUCACUGAUGUGUACUACCGUGACCACAUCCUGCCACCGAUAGUUCUGCUCUUUGCUCAACGUAAAUGUCGACGUUUCAUCUUUCAAGAUGAUAAUGCCCGUGUCCACCGCGCUCGUGUCAUGAAUGACUACCUCCAGCGUCACCAUAUUGUCCAUAUGCCUUGGACAGUCAUGAGUCCUGACCUUGCCCCUAUAGAGCAUGUCUGGGACGUGAUCGGGAAACGUGUUCGUCGACGCCAAUGUCAACCGACAACAUUGCAAGAAUUGGCCGUGGCACUGCAAGAGGAGUGGGUCGAUUGCCACGACGAAUAGCUGAAUGUCUGAGGAUUGGUGGAGAAAUUACUCAUUAUUAAGACAAAAAUCAAAAACGUCCAUUUUCACUUUUGACAGUGUAUCUCUUUGCGAGAGAAAUGGGGCCGUCAAAUAAGCCGCCCAUAUGAACUGUUUAUGUUCAUGUUUUGGCAAUUGGCCUGGUAUUAACAUACACUGGUUACCUCUAAUAAAAACAGCAAUGCAUUUCCGCAGUUUUGUAUUGUUUCUGAAUAGCCCUACUUUUUUGGAGAGAGAGAGAGAGUAUUGUAGUUGAAUGCUAAAGGGUGAGAAAUGGCAGGGAAGGCAGGCAGUGGCGUGGUGGGACGAUCGCUGGGAGGAAGGGGUUGGGGCGUGUACUGGCGCCCAAUGGGGAUAGUAACUUCCGUAGCCAGCGCUAAACCAAGCGAAAAAUGUAACAAUCAUCCUCAUUUCCAUAUCUUUCUUUUACAAUUUCAAUUUUUUGACCCAAAAGGGGGCUUUCAUGUUAAAUGCAACUUGCAUAGCAAGUCCAAGGUAGGGGUGAUUUUUGUGCCGGAAUCGAGGUGUAUUUUUGCGCCACAAUAUCUUGGCCGUACUUAACCCCAAAUGACCAUUACCAGACAUGAAGGUGCAUGACGUCAAUUUUUGUAGGUAAUUAUUGAUGUUGAUAAAUCUUAAUUGCCCAUAUGAAUUCGAUCACUUUGACAUACAUUUUAAAUCACCAUUGUUCGUUUAAAGCUUUACCAAAUAUGUUGCAGAUGUGCAACUACAUGGGAUUAAAUUAUGAAUUGAAUGGAAUGUAGGUUGUCGGUGUGAUAGCGGUAGUGCAAACAGAUUAAAAACGAUUAAACUGUAUAGACUGGUUUCUAUCGUAUGCAUUAUUACUUUUAUGAAAACUGUCUGUUGGAGUCUCAAACAUUUGAUUGAAAAUGAUAGAAAUCAAUUCUAUGGUUUGGUUUCCAUAUAGUUUGCGACUGCCUUAAAUAUUGUCGCUGACAGAAGGAUGUAGUUGAGGGGAGUGGAGAAAUUGGUAUUUAAAUAUUCAAACUAAUGACAAUACAACGCACUCGCAAAGAUGCUUGCAUGUUAAAACGUCCUGACAGCCAAGUGAGCUGUAAUGAGUCAGCUACUCGCAUUUUUUUUUUAAAAUUACUUUAAUAAACUGCUGUAUCAACCAUAUCAAUUGCUUUGUAUUAAAUAUCCAAUAAUAGCUCUUUGUUCUAAAUUAUUAUUUGUUUUAUUGAAUUACUAUUUGAUAAAACAUUCUAUUUAUAAUAAAUAAAUGCAAUUAUCACCCAACAAAACAUCACUGUUUUAAUUUCUUUUGAUGUAACAGUAUCAGCUGGUUUUAUUAUGUAAUAUUAAAAUAUCAUUUACUCUUAGCCUUAACAUUCGGUAAUGGUAAUUUUAACACCAAAGUGUACUCCAUAAUGUUAAAUAUACAUAAACAUGUACACUGUUCUUUUUUUUAUAUAACUAAUGCUGUUCUUUAACUCAAUAUCAUCCACAGUCUUCGACAUUGAAAACACGAAUUAUUUGUCAAUUUAAAGCAACGUUGAUAUUGUGAUCUUACCGGGAAAAUAUGGGAUUCUGAUAUCCAAUAUUUAAGACAAAAAAACAUUUUACCAUUGGUACGCGAAUCGUGUACAAGCCUGUGUUUCAACGCCAUUUGUAACAAGGGACUCGAAGAACGGGGCUAGGAAUAUUCCACAAGUCAUGUCACACGGUGACGGCAUAUUCUUAUCUGGAGAGCAUGCGCAAUAAAUACUAUCGGUGUAGACUGGAAUAACCAGAUGCUAUAGAUUUCCAUUCGAUUGGGAGUUCUCGCGUAUUUCGCCGAACAUAACUGAUUUGAAAUUAGAGUAAAAACGGAAACGAUUGAAUGUAAAUCAGUUUAUAUACAUGCAUAUUGCAUUAUUAUAUGCGUUGCGACCCAUUUGUGUCAAUUUCUAGGUCCCAAAUAUUAUCGAUUUCGCCCCUUUAACUCUAAAUGCUAACUAUUGGCUUGGCAUGUUAACUCGCAAGCCAGGGAUUUAGAUAUAUGCUAACUGUUGGCUUGGCAUGUUAACUCGCAAGCCAGGGAUUUAGAUAUUAUAUAUAAUGUUAUUUAUUAUUGCAGUUAUUUAAUAAUGUUUUGUAUCAUAUUAUUAAAGUGUUUGUUGAAUACAAAAAUUACUAAGUGGGCUUGUUGAUUCUUUUUCAUGUUUGUUUUCAUUGUUAAAAAAUCAUAUAAAUUGGAAUGAAAACGUUAAAACCUUCA